GGAAAGUCUGGCAACACUUUUUAUAACAUUGAAUCUAAUAGCUAUCCUAAGUCACUUUGCGGUCAAUCCAAUCCAACUGACUUGGCGCACUCACUUGCAUUUGCUGUGUACGUUGUGGCGACUCGCAGUAUGACCCUCAUUGCUUAUGUUUGAAGACAAAGCGAGGCAUUUUCGUUUGUGUCGCGUUCUCAGAGACCUUGCGAGCACCAUCGGCGAAGCCACACCCUACGUCGACGAAUGCGUCGCUCGCCAUGGCCGAAGUGCACAGCACCAUUUCGGGCCAAGCCCUCCAACAGAACAUCAACAUCUACGUGAACGCCAACACAGAUCCGUAUUCAACCGAUCUCCUGUUCCCGGCGGGCGUCCCCGUCAACGGAAUCGUGUCCCUUUUCGUGGGCGACUUCUCGAGCUCCCACUCAGAAGAAUGCUGCCAUCAAAGGCCCGACCUCUGCCUGGCGACGAAACAGAGGUUGGUGAUCACAACCCGCCGUUUCAGAAACCUCCCCAUGUGCGUUCCGGUGCCCUGCUCCGAUAAUCGUGGCGUCGAGGCAAUCUGGAAGGACGCCGACCCCGCGGACGACAGAGUCACGGUCAGUGCGAAGCAUUUGACGCUCGUGGACGAGCGAGACGAGCCUCCUUCGCCGUCCCCAGACAUUGAUCUUCCAGCAUCGCCUAUCCCGUACUCCCCAGCUCCGAGCGCGAAGGACGACGACGACGCCUGCUCGAACAAGUCAGCAGCCGAUGUCCAGAACUCGUCACGACUUAGCGACACCUCCGCUCCGGCCUUCGACUUCUUCUCCACGUCGGAAGAGUCUGAGGACGAUGACAGCGACGUCUGCUUAUCCGAUCAAGAAGCAAACGCCGCCGGAGGCACCGGUAAAGUCAAGCGGUUUGUGUGCGGUCUCUGCGACAAGACCUUUCUGGGCAGGGCUCAGUGCCGGAGGCACGUGUGGGGCCAUCUGCCGACGCUCGAGACGUCGUACAAGUGUGCCAUAUGCAGCAGGAUCUUCACGCAACAGCAGUCGCUGAUCAGGCACAUCGCGACGCUGCACAACAGCAAGAACAUGCUCACGUGCGACGUGUGCUCCGCGCAGUUCACGAGCAAGCACGCUCUGGAGAAGCACGCGAGGCUGCACACGCACCGCAUCCACGUGUACGUGUGCGAGUACUGCAUGAAGGUCUUCUCGUCCAAGACCUACUACGCCAACCACAUCGAGAGGCAGCACAAGAACGAGGAGAUCGAAGGGUGCUCGACCAGCGUGCCGGAGAACAAGAACGCCGACCCCGUGGAGUGCGGGCACUGCGGGGCCUUCAGGAGCGCCUCCGAGCUCCUGUUCAGCAGACACUUGAAGAGAGCUCACCCUGGUGCAGAGUCAUACAAGUGCAACAUGUGCUCCCUGGUGUUUCAGGAUGUAGCCCAGCGGGAGCGGCACGAGCAGAUGAUGCACGUCAUCGAGCUGGACCGAGAGCCCCGCCGGACGCUGCACAAGUGCCGGCUGUGCGACAGGCGCAUCACCACCCUGCAGGGAUUUGCCGUCCACCUCCGGUGCCACUUCUUCCCCAAGGAGAAGCCCUUCCUGUGCUCCACCUGCGGCAUGCAGCUCUCGAGCCGUUGCAGCCUGCGCACGCACGCCACCAUCCACAAGCCGCGCACUGCCCUCAAGUGCCCCCACUGCCCCCGAGUGGUCUACAGCAAGAUCUACCUCCGCAAGCACAUUACCCAGUUUCACAUGGCGGGGCUGAACUUCGUCUGCCGCCACUGCGGCAAGAAGUUCAAGACGUCCAGCGAGCUGAAGAUGCACCUCGCCAUCCUGCACCUGGACAGCCUCGACGAGGAAGAGCGGCGGUACGUGUCCAACCUCAAGAAGCACCGGUGCGAGCUCUGCCCGUUCGCGACGUACAACCGCCGCAUCUUCUGCAGCCACAUGAACCUACACCCCGAGGCGGGCUGGUUUCGCUGCGACCGCUGCGUCCUCUCCUACGCGCACUAUGAAGACCUCGCGAAGCACCAGCAGAAGUCGCACCGCAGGGUCACCUGCAAGCGCCGCUGCCCAGACUGCCCACGCGUCUUCUUCUCCAACUUCUCGUACGACGAGCAUGCCGCGCUGCACGCCGCCGGCGGGGGAACGGCCUGCACUGUCUGUGGCCGCGUCUUUGCGACACCGGCCCAGAUGGAGCGCCACGCUGAGCGCCACGACGUGGCAAACCACCAGACAUGCCUUGAGUGCGGCAAGACGUUCGGGUCGCUCCAGAGCCUCCACGUCCACCAGCGAUCCGUGCACGAGGGCCGCAUGAGGCCGCGCGGCCUUGGCACUCCGCGGUCCGAGCAGCUGCACCACUGUGACGUGUGCGGGCACAUGUUCAAGCUCGCGAGCAGUCUUGAGGCCCACCGCGUCUGCAAGCACCGGAACAAAGGUGGUGAUUCGGGGAACCUGUCGUGCCCGCUGUGCGACAAGCAUUUCAGCACUGAAGCGACCCUUGCGAUGCAUCUCCGCAUCCACUUUAACGAGAAGCCUUACCAGUGCCGUUACUGCGGCAUGGAGUUUGCGCAGCACGGGGCAGCAAAGUCGCACGAAGAGCGCCACAAGCGCGCGAGGAACUUUCGCUGUCCACACUGCAGCCAGCAGUUUUUGUUUCAGAACAAGCUAAAUGUUCACCUGCGCUCGGCCCACGCCGCAGAACUCGCGCUUGCCCGGGAGGAGUCGCAGUCGUCAGAGGACACUGGCGAGCUCGGAGAGGUCCAAGAGGAGGUCGCCACGACACAGGCGAUAGACAGUCUGAUGGCGCUUCAGGUGCCCGACUCUUUGGUGCAAGGCAUGUAUGUGGUUCAGAGCUAGUGUUGGUGGGCCGGGACCAGAAAAAACUCUGUGUUCGUUUCAACAGAGGUUGCUCUUUGUCUUCCUGUUUUAAGCUUGACAUUAAACGCUCCUUGCGGUUGACACCUGCGAUUUUUGGUGCUUUAACGAAACGUUAAUCGUUGGCAGAAGGGCAAGAUGUCGGGAGUCUGGCAUAUAUCGUAGUUACUGAGAUGCGCAUUUUUAUGUUGUGGCCAUAUUUUGUCAAUGGCUCGUUGACCAAAAGUGGAUGUGUCUCUUUUAGAGCUCUGCACGGGGCUAGGUUGCAUGGAUUGCUUUUGGGCCCGGGCCGGGCUCGGGCGAUAACGUAGCACACUUUCUAAAAUGUUCAGAUGAAAAUGCUAACGCAUUAAUCGAAAUGCUAAAGCAUUAAUUGUUUAGAAUUGAAAGAAACGAAAAAGCCGUAAUGCGAACUCGUUACGACGGCACUAAAAAAUAGUCGUAGAAAAAAAGAAACCUGUUUUGGACUAAGAAAUCCCAAGAACAUACGGAAAAUUCCGGGGAUUCCAUCAGCAUAGUGGGACAGCUGCCAGCAGGCAAGAAAAUAAGGGCAAUUUCCUUUUCGAACUCUUGAAGAAAAAGAAACACCCUUUGGCUAUCAAAGAUAAACUAUGUUUUUUUUAUAUUUCUGUGAGCUUUCCAAUGUUCACCACAUGACUGCAAUAGGCCAGCGUCUUUCUUUCAUGCAAAUUAGUAAACAAAUCAAAUAUACCACACUUUUCCAGGACAGUUUUGAAUUUAAGAGAUGAGGCAUGCCUUGACCUCUUUCCAGGCCAAGCCUGAUCAGAUAAGUGUCUCACGGGGCGGGUUUGGGUCGGAGAAGACUACCAGUCAACAGUCCUGGGCCGGGCCUCAAAAAGUAGGCCCGUGCGGUGCUCUAGUUCCUUGUUUGUUUCAUGAACUCUUUAGUGUCAAAAAUGCUCGCAACAGAAGGAAGUUCACAAUUGACGUUGUGUACCCUGCCACUCAGGUGAGCGGGAGCCAUCCAGUAUUCAUGUUUACCAACCGAGGCAUGUACCUCGCAUGAUCAUGAGUGAAAUUGUUUUCUGUGGAAAAGUGUUCCGAAAUACUUCCAGUAGAUCCUAAGGUACGGCAUGACUCAUCACAUUGUUGAUUUAUAUACACCCCUAGGUUGAGUACAACAAGUACAACAUUUCCCCAGAAUUUCAGUCACAAAGCGCACAAACCUUUUGCAUGCGUUCCCCCUCUUCCACUCCAGUUUUGACAGCAUCACAUAAUAAAACGUCCUAAACCUACUUUUUUUCUUCUCUUUUUUUGCUGUUAGAUUUUACAAGACCAAACUCCUUUUCAUGCCGUCCCCAUAAGAAGUGUUCCUAAGUGUAAAUAAAACAAGCAAAUGCUUUACACACAUU